GAGCCUACUUAAACCCUACAAACACAAAGAAAUCUGAACAGUAAACCCGGAAACCCUCAAACAUCGAAACAAAUUUGAUAGCCAUGAAAAACACUCAAUGCCUCCUCCUCCUAGUCCUCCCUUUCAUCUGCCUUCUCUUCCUCCAUCCAACCUCAGCCGUCGGAGUCCCAUUUCCAACCGCCGACCCUGCAAAUUUCAUCCGCACAAGCUGUAACACCACCCUAUACCCCGACCUCUGCUACUCCUCCCUCUCACCUUUCACCAACAACGUCCAAUCAAACCUCACCCGGCUUGCGAAGGCAGCCAUCGCCGUGAGUCUAAGAAGUUCCAGACACACCAUGAUUCUCCUAACAAGCCUCUCCGCACAAGCCGACCCUAAAGUCGCCGGGGCUCUUCGGGACUGCUUCAGCAACUUCGGAGACGCCUUCGAAGAGAUUAGAGAGUCCCUCGAUCAGAUGAAGACGCUGGGGUCGGGAACCGGGUCAGUUAGGUUUCAGCUGAGCAACGUCCAGACGUGGAUAAGUGCAGCGCUUACGGACGCCGAGACGUGUACGGAUGGAUUUGAGGACGUUGAGGACGGCCCGAUCAAGACGGAGGUAGUUAACAAGGCUGAGAUGGUGAAGAAGAUGAUGAGUAAUGCGCUCGCGAUCGUUAAUGGUCUUGCUAGUAGUAACGGCACACCACCCUGAUUAUUUGGUCCUAAUUGAUAUUGCUGUUUACCAAUAACAUUUUCAUAAAUGAUUUAGAUCGAUAUUGUUUGGUCCGUAACUGUGCCUUAAUUUGAGUUUGUAAACUGAUAUUUACUUGUAGUGCAAGCCAAUAAUUGUGCUAUUAUAUUUUCAUCAAAAAGAAUUUGUGCUAUU